CGUAGCCACAGCUCGUCUGUUGACUCUCCUGAAGCUAACUACCUAUAGCAGUAACUCCGUCUAAUAAACCUGCUGAACAUUUGAAAACCUCGGAGCUACAUCGCUGUCUUCAGGACCUGCAAGGGUCUAAAGAAGCCACAGAAGAUGUCAAAUGACCUUGCUGGUGUCUGGGAAGUUGCCCUGAGUGAUGGAGUCCACAGGAUAGAGUUUGAGCAUGGCACGACCACUGGAAAAAGGGUAAUCCUUGUGGAUGGGAAGGAGGUGCUGAGACGGGACUGGAUGUUCAAACUUGUGGGGAAGGAAACUUUCAAUGUGGGCAAAUCGGACACCAAAGCAACCAUCAACAUAGAUGCAGUCAGUGGUUUUGCAUAUGAGUACACCUUGGAGAUCAAUGGGAAGAGUUUGAAGAAGUACAUGGAGAACAGAUCGAAGGUCACCAGCACCUGGGUGCUCAACCUGGAUGGCGUUGACUGCAGGGUGGUGCUGGAGAAAGACACAAUGGAUGUUUGGUGUAAUGGACAAAAUAUUGAGACAGCAGGGGAAUUCGUGGAAGAUGGCACAGAAACACAUUUCACACUCGGAGAGCACAACUGCUGUGUGAAGGCUGUGAGCAGCGGGAAGAGACGAGACGGGAUCAUCCACACACUGCUGGUGGACGGCACAGAGAUAGCUGAAUGCACUGAGUGAUUCGGUGUUUGUGUGAGUGUGUAUGAGAGAAAGAGUGAAUGUAUUUGUGUGAGAGGAGAGUUUGAGUUUAAAUGUGUGAUAGAAAAUAUAUCUGUGAAACAGAGGGAGUGAUUAGAGCAGAACAUUGCCAUUUAAAGCAGCUGUAGUCAGGGAUGAGUGGAGAGAAACAUUUACUCCUAUGACUGGAUAGCCAUUUUUAUAAAUGAGCAUUAGGACCAUGAUAAAGGGAAACGGUUUUGGGAAUAAAGUGGACAUAUUGCGAGAAAGAAGUCUGUGUUUUUAAGGACUGCACAGUGCUAAAGUAGUUAGUGCUGUCCCCUCAUAGCAGGACAGUUCUUGGUUGAAGUCCCAGUGGGACAGGGCCUUUUAGUGUGGAGUUUACAUGUUCAACAACAGUGCAAAAGCUAAUUGGUAACUAAAAUUGCCAGUAGGUGAGAGUGUGAGGGAGGGACAUGCAUGAAUAGAUUUUAAUUAACUCUGUCUUCCACAAUAACCUGUACAUUUUGGCUGGUCUUAGAAGUCUUGAGAAAUUAACAUGUUAAAAUGGAAAACAAAAAACAAUUUUGUUAUCCAAAGAUAACGAGAUAAAUAAGUUGAGAUCUUGAGAAAAAGACAGAAAUUUACCCAUCAUUACAGCUAAAUAAGUAAUCCAAAUAUAUGGUGCCUUUCAAUGGGUUCAUGUUUACCGUGUUUAUGAGAAAGACCCUUUUAUGGCAUUCACAACAUCACAAGUUGAAAUUUCCUGAAAGCUUUGAGGUUAAGAUGUGUUUGAUCCUUUAAGACAUGGCAGAGCUAAAAGGCUUCAGCUUUUAGCUAUGGAUGGGACUAAAUGAAGCUAUGGAUCCCCUUUAUUGUUUGGUCUCUUUUAUCCAUGUGACUUUUAAACACCAUGGACUGUUUUAAUGUUAGCAUUUUUAGAUAGAUAGCCAGAAGGAGAACAAGCAAUCUGUCGGUGUCCAUGUUGCAGUUGACUUGUGUUCACUUCUCAUAUGUGAUUUCUGAUUCAUGGCCAAGUUGUUCACAAUACAUACUUCACGAUUUUGUAAAUUCCAUUUGGAGGCCAUAUGUCCACUUAGGGCUUCUGUACAUAGACUUUCUGCUGCAAUUUACUUUUUCUAGGCACUAAAAGCAGCUCUGCAACACACUUUUUAGACCAUGCCCAUGAGUCGAGAAUCACAGCUUUUCUUUUUUUUUAAGAGGAAAUGCAUUUUGUCGAGUUAAACUUUGGUUUAGGUUCUUUGCAGAUGAUGUCACGCAGCAGCGGAGAGCUUCCCUUGGGGCCAAGAAGUGAUUUCUGUAUAGAGAGACACUACUAAAAGGCCUUGUUUUAAGCUGUUUACAACAAUGACAAGCAUUCAAAGUGAAACAUUAAAACAUUCUUUAUUUUUGAGCUACUUUUGUGUCCAGAAAGUAGUGAAAUAUUCUUGCAAAAAUGACAAGUUUUUAAAAACUGAUGGUGACAUGGCAGCAGGCAGGAGUUUAAAAAGCCUCUAUCUAAAGCCUGGACUCUGCUCAUGUGUGUUCACUUUCCACAAAGCUGUCCAGUUUGGCCCAGUACAGUUUUGUCUCAGUUUAGCUCAUUAAACUUUAAUCUUACCUGUGCUUUCUCAUCUGAUUUCUGCCCAUUCUCCCCUGUAGUGACAGGAAAUCAGUCUCCUUUUAGAGCUCCAGAUCAUUUGGCUCAGCUUGGUAGAGCUGGUUAUAUUUGUCUUCCAAAUGGCUCUUUAUUUGGUAACAGUAUGACUUUUUAAAUGUGGAUUAAAUAAAGGAAACUGGCACUCAAAUUGGAGGUAACCACAGUGGCUCACAUUGAAAAGCCAGUUAGUAGAACAGGCUUAUUUGUGCAACGGCAGUUCUCUUACUCCACAAGGUUGAUUUGGUUGAUAGUAUAUCAACUUCUCAAUUAGACACUAGGAGGUCUAGGAGGUAAAUAGUGAAAUUGAGCACCUCCGGGUAAAUCAGUUCAACUGUGGAAAAAAAACACUUUUUGCAAAGUUAAGGGAUCAUACUCAGUGUAUGUAAAAACUCUCUGAUAACUGCAGCAUACAGGACUAUUUAGACCUGUAAAGUACAAACUUACUUAUGUCUGUCCCGCACUUCCUGCCCCCACAUCAUCAGAAUCAUGUGACUGCAAAGAUCCAAUACAGUAAAUACUGUAACUGAGGACUUCCUGGUGUUAGCAAAGGCAGUUUGUUACCCUGAAAAUCUCUUUUGAUAUUUUGACUUUAUUAUUAUAAUUCAUACUCCAGAAUCUCAACUAUUUUUUUCUCAUGAAAUAACGUCUUUAUUUCCAAAACCUUUAUUCUCGAACAUGGCCCUUAUACUCUGUUGUACUGUACAUUAGCCAUUUAUUUGUACUUAAAGUGUUUCUGUCGUUGUCAUGAUCUAGACUAGUUUAAAACACACCUGCAGUGUGGGAGUUGUAGUUGCAGUUGUCCUGAAAUGUAUCACACCCAUAAAGAGAUGUGUACAAACAGGUUCCUUUCAUUUCUUUGUAUGGGAACAAUUUCAUCAAUGUCCUUAUCAUAGAUGACAUUGUGCAGAUGUGCAGUGUUUACCAAACUGAGGCUGGAUCACUUGUUCCUCUGAUCAUAAACACUUUAUUUCUUAUACCUGUGUUAAAAACAAGGUCUGACAAACACCUGGCCAAGUGGACCCCAUACUAAACCUCUUCUGCCUCUAUGAAUUUUUUAGUAUGAAAAACUAUAUUAUUUGGAUUUAUUUUUAAUUGGCUGCAGCAUAAUUCAUGUACACUGCAUAAAAGGGAUUGUUUUGUCCACUGUUCAAAUGAUAAAUGUUGUCUUUAUGUUUUUUCAGUCAGUUCAUUUUGCUGUAUCUCUUAUUAGCUUUUAGUCUAUUUCAGUAAUAAAUUCAAAGACAAUCAUGCAGAUGUGACUUUAACGGCCAAAAAUACCUUGGAGACAUGUUUGUAACUGUGUUGAACUUUCAAAUAAACCAUUGUCUCAUUUAUGUAGAGCAAGAUUUGUGUAACAGAAUUUAUGUUUGACCUUUUUGUAAAGUCAGAAUUGAAAAUUAAA